AACGGACCCGCGACGACCACGAAUCCGGUUAACAAAGUUAAUUACUCGGAGGACUCGCCAGGCUUUGAUAAAAGUUUAUAACGAAAAAAGUUAAAAAAGCUCACGCAAAAUGAGUUCCAACGGCAGUGCAAAAUACCAGUACCUGGCUGCCAUAAGUGUAAAUAUUAUUACCAUAUCGUAUGGCGCAUUUUGCGGUUGGCCCUCGGCCAGUUUUCUGGAACUGACAUCCGAGAAAAGUCCACUGGAAACGGGACCUUUGACAAAACAGGAUCAGGGCUGGGUGGCGGCGACUAUUUGCCUGGGAGGCCUAUUCGGAACUAUUUUUUUCACCUGGCUGGCGGAUAAAAUUGGCCGGAAAUGGAGCAUUCUGUGGAUGGCCCUACCGAACUUGCUUGGGUGGAUCAUCAUACCCUAUGCCCGCAACCCGACGCAUUUAAUUAUAGCCAGAUUUAUAGGAGGAGCUGCUGGCGGUGGAAUAUUUACAGUGGUUCCUAUUUAUAUAGCCGAGUUGGCUGCAGACAGUGUUCGUGGCGUUUUGGGUACCUUUCUGGUGCUCACUUGCAACGUUGGAGUGCUUCUGGCCUUUGUUCUGGGCUACUAUUUUGACUAUGCCACUGUGUCCUGGAUUGUCUCCACCUUGUCCUUUGUGUUCGUGGGCUGCUUCUGGUUUAUGCCAGAGACCCCGCAGUACCUGGCCAAGCUGAAGAAGGUGGAGGCAGCGGAGCAUUCGCUGCGCUACUAUCGCAACAUACGAUCCAAUCCCGCCAAGGAGCUCAGCGAGGAACUGCAACUGGAACUGCAGAAGCUGCAGACCACAGAAAAAGUAACGGAUGGAGACGAUAAUGAUGAUGAUGAGAACACCAAGGGUGUGACCUGGGCAGAUUUUGCUGAGCCCAAGACCCGGAAGGCUUUCUUCAUCGGCCUCGUUCUGAUAAUGUUCAACCAGCUGUGCGGAUGCUUCGCCAUGCUGAACUACACGGCAGUCAUCUUCGAGCAGGCUGGUGCCAGUAUGCCCCCAACAAUGGCAGCCAUUAUUGUGGGAUUAAUCCAGCUGCUCGGAAGCUAUGCAUCCACGCUCCUGGUGGAGCGACUCGGCCGUAAAAUACUGCUCCUGUUGUCGGCCCUGGGCAUUGCCUUUGGCCAGAGUGCCAUGGGCACCUACAGCUACCUAAAGUUGCUGGAUUACCCAGUGGCGUCAUUCAGCUGGGUGCCCAUUGCUGGUUUCUCUUUCAUGAUUUUCCUGGCUGCCUGUGGACUGCUCACCCUGCCCUUCCUGGUAUUAUCGGAGAUAUUGCCGCCUAAGAUUAGGAGUACGGCUAGCAUGAUGCUAAUGUCUGUGCUCUGGUUAAUUUCCACAUGCACCAUUAAGAUGAUGCCCAUUUUCACUUCCUCUUUGGGAAUGCAUGGAACCGUCUAUAUGUUUGCCAGUUUGUCCUUUGCAGCUGCUCUUUUCAUUGCCAUCUUUGUUCCUGAAACCAAAGGAAAGACAGUUGAGGCCAUUUUGGCCAGCCUCUAGUAUUAAAAUAUUUAUUUAAAGUGACUUGUUAUUGUUGUCAAUAAAAUCUCAAAAGAAA